UUGGAUAUAAAAAUCGUAGUUUUGUAGGCGCUCGAUAUCAAGGUUCAAUUAAUUUUUUGAGUAGCAAUGUAGUGAUAACUGUUUUUCUUGAUGUAGUUUAUUAUUAUGUUACUGCCGUACCUGCUGCUGUAGAUGCAUAGAUAUAAUUCACAACUAUCUUCCUAAAUGAUAUUUGCAUAUUAAGUUGAGAUGAUUGAAUUUGUUUUUUCUAAAAGAGUACCAUAAAUAAUGGAAAAACUUAUUUUCACAAGGUUGUAAGAAAGUACCAUAUGCAACUAAAAUAUCAAAUUUGCAAAAUGUAUGCAAUUUUCCUAUAUGGAUCAUAGACAAUUAGGUUUUCUGGACUAGCAGAAUGGCCCAACGAGGCAAGAGAAUCAAUAAAGCUGAUAAUGACUCAGCUUCUUGUUCAAGCACGUUUAAAAGGCGCAAAUGUAGAGCCGGGCAAAGUGCUACUGACACACCAGGAUCUGUGGGAACUUUGGGUCCAUCAGAAGAAGAAGAAACUAUGGCAUCAUCCAGUCAAGGCGGAUCUUCUUGGACUCCUAGACCUCUUAGUGAUAUUAAAAUAUCAAGUAUCUACAAUCGGUCAGCUGCAGAACCACCUGCUGAGUUGUAUCGCAAAGACUUGAUCAGUGCAAUGAAAUUACCAGACAGUGAACCCCUUAGUCCUAGUGAAUAUUGGAUAAUAUCCGAUCAGUGGAAACAAGAAUGGGAAAAAGGGGUUCAAGUACCCGUUAAUCCUGACUCACUUCCAGAACCAAUUGUCACUGUUAUUCAGACACCACCUAUGUGCAAACUGUAUGGAGAAUUCAAGUUACCAAAAAAAUAUUUAAGGAUAUUCCGAGAUGACUUUUUCAAUCCUGAAGAACAUUUCUUGAGUACUACUCCUGCUCGAGCAGAAAAAGCCUGUGGUUAUGAUUUGGAUGAUAUUGACUUUGCUUGGCUUGAAGUUUUGAAUGGAGAAAGAGCCCUUUGUGGUCAAUCUUCUGUUACUGAGACUCAGCUGGAGCAUAUUAUCGAAGUGUUAGAGCACUGUUGUUGGGAAAAAACUCAAGCCAUACUUAAAAGUGAAGAGGGUCUUGGAAUAGAAUUUGACGAAAAUGUUAUAUGCGAUGUUUGUCGAUCCCCUGACUCCGAGGAGGGCAACGAAAUGGUGUUUUGCGAUUUUUGCAAUAUUUGCGUGCAUCAAGCUUGUUAUGGAAUAACAUCAAUACCGGCUGGCUCAUGGCUCUGCAGGACGUGUUCGUUAGGUCAGAGACCAGGAUGCGUAUUAUGUCCUAACCCGGGGGGCGCUAUGAAGUCCACGCGCAGUGGCCAAAAGUGGGCCCACGUUUCUUGUGCACUUUGGAUUCCAGAAGUUAGUAUAGGAUGUGUAGAAAAAAUGGAGCCCAUCACAAAGAUAUCGAGUAUUCCACAAAGCCGAUGGGCUCUGAUUUGUGUUUUGUGUCGUGAACGUGUUGGUGCUUGCAUUCAAUGUAGUAUAAAAACGUGUAAAACGGCAUAUCAUGUUACAUGUGCUUUCAAACAUGGACUUGAAAUGAAAGCAAUUAUUGAAGAUGAACAAGCAGAAGACGGUGUCAAAUUAAGAUCAUACUGUCAAAAACAUGGAAAAAAUAAUACAAAAGAAAAGACAAGUAGUGGUGGUGCUGGAAGCGGUAGUGGCAAAGGAGGCUCAGAUUCUGAUGACGGUGAAAUUAGGCGAAGGAAACGAAAAGAUAUGAGUUCUGAAGAGAAAAAUCAAGCUCGAGCUGCCAAACUUCAAGAAAUCGAAGCCGAAUUUGACAAGCAUGUCUGUUUAAAAGAUAUUACAAACCAGCAACUGGAUGUGGAUCACGAUGCACUUCUAUACAUUUACAACUACUGGAAAUUAAAAAGAAAG